CAACAACGACAUCAUCUCUAAAGUUGAAGCAGGAAAGAGAAAAAAAGAAAAGAAAUGGGUUUGAUUGGGAAGUUGAAGCGAAAGGAUAUCGACCAGGUUAACGACGACUUCUCCGAUUUCUCGCUCUCGUCGCCGGCCACCAAGAUCCGCCGUCUCGACGCUGAUUUGCCUCCGAUUAUCGAGGAGGACUCCUUCCCCGAGAAUCACGAAAGAGCCAUCGUUCUCUUUAACCCAAACACACUCCUUGAUCCUAAUGAACCUCCCUCGUGUUUUUUUCCUCCUUAUACCCGCUUUUUCUCCCUCCAUUCCGACUACAUCUCCGGCUUCAAGAACCAAUUCCUACGGGCAACCGACACGAAAUCAGCCGAAACCGAAGAGAACAAGAAGGAAAACGAAGGAUGUUUAGCUAUGGUUCCAUGGGUUCCUUCACAGAUUCCUUCAGUGGAAAGCAGAGAUUUGGAGCAGGAAAUCCCGAUUCCGGAGUCUAUGGAAACUGAUGAAAUGGAUGUAGAAGAGAAUUGCAGUGACAAAGAAUGCAUGCAAGAAGUUCAUGGAUAUCAAUUCGAAGGGUUGGAGCCAAGAGAGGCGUUCCAUCACUGGACGCAACCUCAACCGCAGCAACAUUGCAUGAUCCCACAGCCUCCUCGAAACCCUUUCACUCCAAUCACAUGAUCUGAUUGAUAAGCUUCUAGUGGUGCUUCCUCUGUUUCCUCUCUAUAAAUGAUUAGGUUUUGUUAUUGUGAUGGGUGAUGAGGGGCUUGUGUUUUCCCCUGUUUUGCAUGCGUGCAAAAAUCAUCAUUCGUUUCUGAGAAUUACCCAAGGUUUCGAGGGGUUGUAAUUUUGCAUGAAAUCGUUGCUGUAACAAGUUUAAGUAGUUGGUGGGAAUGGGAUUUAUCUUUUUCUUAUGGUAAUUGAAGCUAAAGCUGAAAAUGCCUCUUUUUUUUAAAAAAAAAAAAAACCAUGGCUGUAUAUCAGUGCUUAGCAUUACCGUUUGUAUGUAUAGAACCGUAAGCAUAUUUUGGUUUUGAUUUGAGAAGCAGUUUAUUCAUCUG